AACAAAAAAACUAAAAUAAAUUAUCAUUAAAUAAAUAUGGGAGACGAAGAAGUUCAAGCACUUGUUGUAGAUAAUGGAUCAGGAAUGUGUAAAGCCGGAUUUGCUGGUGAUGAUGCACCAAGAGCUGUAUUCCCAUCCAUUGUUGGUAGACCAAGACACGUUUCAGUUAUGGCUGGUAUGGGUCAAAAGGAUGCUUAUGUUGGAGAUGAAGCUCAAUCAAAGAGAGGUAUUCUUACACUUAAAUAUCCAAUUGAACACGGUAUUGUUAACAAUUGGGACGAUAUGGAAAAGAUCUGGCAUCAUACUUUCUAUAAUGAACUUAGAGUUGCACCAGAAGAACAUCCAGUUCUUUUAACUGAAGCCCCAAUGAAUCCAAAAGCUAACAGAGAAAAGAUGACUCAAAUUAUGUUUGAAACAUUCAACACCCCAGCUAUGUAUGUUGGAAUUCAAGCUGUUCUUUCAUUAUAUGCCUCAGGUAGAACUACUGGUAUUGUUAUGGAUUCAGGUGAUGGAGUUUCACACACUGUCCCAAUUUAUGAAGGAUUCUCACUUCCACAUGCUAUUCUUAGACUUGAUCUUGCAGGACGUGAUCUUACUGAUUAUCUCAUGAAAAUCUUAACUGAAAGAGGAUAUGCUUUCACCACUACUGCUGAAAGAGAAAUUGUCAGAGAUAUUAAAGAAAAACUUUGCUAUGUUGCUGAAGAUUUCAAUGAAGAAAUGCAAAAAGCUGCAUCAAGCAGUGAACUUGAAAAGAGCUAUGAACUUCCAGAUGGACAAGUUAUUACUGUUGGAAAUGAAAGAUUCAGAUGCCCAGAAGCCCUCUUUCAACCAUCAUUCCUUGGUAUGGAAUGCAAUGGUAUUCAUGAAACUACCUACAAUUCAAUUAUGAAAUGUGAUGUCGAUAUCAGAAAGGAUCUUUAUGGAAAUAUUGUUCUUUCAGGAGGAACAUCAAUGUAUCCAGGUAUUAACACCAGACUUGAAAAGGAAAUGAUUCAAUUAGCACCACCAACAAUGAAGAUUAAGGUUAUUGCACCACCAGAAAGAAAAUACUCAGUCUGGAUUGGAGGAUCAAUUCUUGCCUCACUUUCUACAUUCCAAAACAUGUGGAUUACCAAGGAAGAAUAUGAUGAAUCUGGACCAGCUAUUGUCCACAGAAAAUGCUUCUAAGUCAUUUUUAGUUUAAUUUCUUAUUUUAUUUUCAAUAUCUUUUUAAUAAAAAUUUUAAAUCAUAUAUUUGUUAUAUUGUUGAUUGAAAAGAGUGUUGGCAGCACAUUAGAAAACGAAUCAUCUAAUGCGAAUCUGUUAGAAAUAAAGCUCUACUGGAGAAGUAGAGCAUAUUGAAGAAACUGAAGCAAACACUUCUCAAUAUUCAUAAAAUCCAAUUGUGGAUAGUUGAAAAGAAAUUAAUUUAGAAGUUAGAAUAAAAACAUAAAUUAUUUGUUGAUUAAUAAAACACACUAAUAUUUCCCUCAUUUUUCCUUACUUCUGAUAAGGAAGAUGCUAAUCCAUAAGUUAGUUUAUGAAGUUCUCUAGAGCUUUUUCUUAAAAUUUGCAUAGACUUACUUUUUGGUUGUUUAGACAAUAAGUUCUUCUCUUCUUCAUGAGGGACUGGUGUGUCAACGUCUUUAUUUAAUGUUUCAAGUUUUUCAUUUUUCUUUUGAGGUUCAGGUGGUAAUUUAGAUAAUCC